GAGCAGUUCAUCGACUUUAAACUGAAGAAAACUGAACCAUACAACCACAAUACAUCCAAGUAUGUUUAUUGUACGAGCAUCCUGCCCAAAGAUGAAGCUUCUUUGAUCCCCGUCGCGUCGUGUCUGGUUGUGAAGAGCUCUGACCCAGAGACCUUGAAGGAUGCCAAAGGCAAACCCAUCAUCCGUCCCUACACUCCCAUCUCCGGACCCGAUGUUAAGGGUGAACUCACUCUCCUCGUUAAACGCUACGAGAACGGGAACGCCUCAAAACAUAUUUUCAACCUCAAAAAAGGUGAUACCCUGGCGAUGAAGGGCCCCAUCGCCAAGUUCCCUUACAAAGCUAAUGAAUUCGAGGAAGUUGCAUUGAUCGGCGGAGGCAGCGGAAUCACCCCUCUUUACCAAAUCCUAAAUCACGCUCUCCCGGACAAGAAUAACAAGACUAAAUUCACGCUCCUGUUCUCCAACGUGACUGAACAAGAUAUCCUCCUCCGUGAAGAGUUCGACGCGCUGAAGCAGAAGUACCCCAAGAAGUUUGACGUUGUAUACAUUCUUGACAAGCCUAGCGAGACCUGGACUGGGCCUACUGGGUACAUUUCCUCGGAGAUUGUCAAGCAACACGUCCCACCCGCAACGCUCGGUGACAAAGUCAAGGUCUUUGUCUGUGGCCCCCCACCACAAGUGGCCUCGCUCGCCGGAAAGAAAGCCGGUAUGAAGCAAGGUGAACUUGGCGGUAUCCUCAAGGAACUGGGAUAUACCGAAGAUCAGGUCUGUUAUUUCUUUCUCCCACCACUCUUAAGUUCCAACGCAACAUCUUGCUGA